CUAAAGGCGAAAUUUGAAAUACAACGCGCUUAAUGAAACGGUGGCUGCGGAAGGAUGAGGACACAGAUGCAACAAGCUAGUCGCCUUAAAAAAAAAUAAGAGAGAGAGAGAAAGGAAAAAAAGUACUCCGCUAAACAUUGCUGAUAGAGAUUUGCUAUAUCUCUUUCUCCAGAGCAGAAACGGGUCCUAGGUUAGAGAACAUCAUGGAGACUGCUGUGCUGAGCCUCCAGAGUUUAUAUGAUAAGAUGCGGACACAAGUUGACCUCCUUAACGAGAAUGUUGAACCCAGCUUCAUCCAGAUGGCACAAAACUUUGAUGACUGCCGACGCAAAUGGCUGAGUGCAGAGCAGGAACUGGGGUCUUUCAAAGAGGUUCUCACCAAAACAGAGACAGAGAGGGGAGCCUUGGAGGUCAAACUGAAGCAUGCCCGCAACCAAGUAGACGUGGAGAUCCGGCGCAGACAAAAGGCUGAGGCUGACUGCGAGAAGUUGGACCGUCAAAUUCAGUUGAUUCGUGACCUGCUGACCAGCGAGGGAUCCACCAACAGCAUCCAGCUGAGUGCAGAGCAGCGCUCAGCUCUGGCCUUCCUGAACAAAAACUGUCAGGCAGCAGCCAACCUGAAUACCAGCCGAAGACUGAUGACGAUAGAUGAGUCCGCCUCUAUCUUGUCAGAUAUCAGCUAUGACAAAACGGAUGACUCUGUUGAUUGGGACUCCUCCACUGUGAGGACGGUGCGACUUAAGAAACGAGAAAAAAGGCGCUCCUCGAGAAAUCAUGUGGAUGGUCCUCCAGUUGCCUCCAAAAGGUCUCGAUCAACAGGCAGAACUUCAGAGAUGGGAAAUGAGACCCUUGUGACAAAGACCACAGUGAUUGUCCCUGCAAAUGGAGGACCUGUUGAAGCAGUUUCUACCAUUGAGACGAUUCCUUAUUUCACUCGCAGCAGGAGAAAGACUGCUGCCAUGGAGCUGGACUCUGAAUCUGUCAGGUCUGAGGAUGUCUUCAAGCAGCCUGGCAACCCCGAGGGAGAGAUGAAAAUCCAGCCCAGCACUCCGCAGAGCAACGGAGGUGUCCGUCUUCACGAGUUUGUCUCCAAAACUGUCAUUAAGCCUGAAUCCUGCGUGCCCUGUGGAAAGAGGAUCAAGUUUGGCAAGAUUUCACUCAAGUGCCGCGACUGCAGGGUAGUCUCGCACCCCGAGUGUCGCGAGCGUUGCCCUCUGCCGUGUAUCCCCAAUCUGGGUUGCACGCCGGUCAAAAUCGGGGAGGGCGUGCUUGCAGACUACGUCUCCGACACGUCACCCAUGAUUCCCCCUCUCGUGGUCCACUGUAUCAGUGAGAUUGAACAAAGAGGUCUGCAUGAGGCUGGACUAUACCGUCUGUCCGGUGCAGAUCGCACAGUGAAGGAGCUGAAGGAGAAGUUUCUCCGCAGUAAAACCGUUCCCGUGCUGAGUAAGGUGGACGAUAUCCAUGCCAUCACUGGCCUCCUCAAGGACUUCCUGAGGAACCUCAAGGAGCCUCUUCUCACCUUCCGCCUUAACCGCCCCUUCAUGGAGGCAGCCGAGGUUUCGGACGAUGACAACAGCAUAGCUCUGAUGUACCAGACCAUUGGUGACCUGCCACAGCCCAACAGAGACACGCUAGCUUUCUUAGUCCUUCACCUUCAGAGAGUCGCUGACAGUCUGGAUACUAAGAUGGACAUCAGUAACCUGGCUCGAGUUUUUGGUCCGACUAUUGUGGGUCAUGCACUUUCCAACCCAGACCCCAUGACAAUCCUACAGGAUACAAAACGGCAGCCUAAGGUGGUGGAGCGUCUGUUGGCUCUGCCGUUGGAUUACUGGGGCCAGUUUGUGAUGGCGGAACACGAGCAGCCAAACCUGGACCAUCUGAUUAUCGAGAACGCAAACUGCUAUGCGACCCCUGAGAGAGUUAGCAUGCUGGGACCUCUGACCACUCCAGAGCACCAGUUCAAUAAAACCCCCUCCUCCAGCUCCUUGUCUCAGCGCAUGAAGUCCUCUCUGACACCCAGAUUUGGGAGCAAGAGCAAAUCAGCAGUCGGAUUCUCUCGCCAAGGAAAAUUCUUUUCAUCUCCGCUCCUCAAAUAAUCCAAAGCAGCUACACGUAACCUUUAUUCAUACAGCAAUAAUUCAUCAUGCAUAACACAUAACAAGGUACUGCUUUCAUAACAGCUGUAAACACCUCCAUCUUAGUCUUCUUCGGUGUACUCAAUCGUUUUCACAUUUCAAACUGGUAAGAGUUGUAUUUUGAUGAUUUUUCGUGUUAGGAUUUUUUUUUUCUUCUUUUUUUAACCAAAUAGUAGGUUUUCGUAUCUAUGCACACUUGUGUCCUUAGAGGAUGCUUUCGCUAAAUGUUUAACAUGUCAUUCUCAUGUCCCAUCUUAACACAUGAGAAUGAACUGUAUAUUUACUCCUUUUGAUAAGAGUGCUAAUAGAUGAAAAACAUGUACUGUAUAUACAGUUUUAUUGUGGCAUGUUUCUAACUAAUCAUUUCUUUUGACAGCUUUUCAACUCAUGUGUCACUCAGAAGUUGAAGAGCUCAUUCUUAGGCAUUUCAUUCUAGGUUGUGAUUGAAUGUGUGACUGUUUUUAUAAGAUUAUCUUCUAGUUUUAAUGUUUGUAUUUCAUUCCUAUUUCUAUUCAGUUUUGAUUGUCUUCAUUCCCCAGUGAAAUGUUCUAUAAUUGUUUUAUAAUCACUCGUGCCCUAUCCUUGUCAUAUUUUAACUACAAGCAGUAGUUACAAGACCUCAGUGGGAAGACCUUCUUGGUCAUCAUCUGCAAGCUCGACUGGGUGUGAUAUUAAGGGUGAUUUGUCAUUGAUCUCGAGAAUGUGGACAAAUUUUUGAAAUCCUGCUGCCAUUCUGUUUCACGGUGCAUGUUGCACCGCCAGUGAUCACCAGGAACGCUGUUGACUGGUUUACGUCACAUGCUGUAAUCUCUCAGAUCAUUGUGCCCCUUCAAUGUUUAAAGCUCUGUGUAUGUUUGUACCAUGGCAGGUUGCUUAUGAGCUAAAGGCAAUUACUCUGUAAGAUUGGCCAGUUCAGUUAAUGUGGCAUUAUUUGAUUAACUAUUACCACAAAUUUUGUACACAAAUACGCUCUUUGAAAUUCAUGUCAGUUAUAAAAUACAUUUCUAACAUUUA